AGAGAGAAAGUCACCGGCCACUCCUUCUACCUGUCUCACCAACUCUCAUCUAGAAGCUUUCUCUCUCUCUCUCUCUCUCUCUCUCUCAAGAGGGUCAAGAUUAUAAAAUAUCAAGUUGAUCCCUCACAAUGGGGCCAGCUUCUCUCUCUUUGGUGCAAUGUGAAAAUAUCAAAAGAGAAAUUAGGGGAAAAAGAAAGAAACCUGUUGUUAUCUACCAUUUUGUUUUCUAUCUCCACCAUUCUGGGUCUCUACUACUAAUAGAACAACAGUUCAAACAGCUCAGCUAGCUACAGACUUUCUCUAGUCCAACUUAGGGAAAUUCUUGUUCACAUUCUCUCUUCAAAAUCAUCAUCAUAAGCCAUCAUCAUCAUCAACGACAACAACAUCAACCACAUGGGAAGGUCUCCUUGCUGCGAGAAGGCUCACACGAACAAGGGCGCAUGGACCAAGGAGGAGGACGACAAGCUCAUUGCCUACAUAAGAGCGCACGGCGAGGGUUGCUGGCGGUCGCUCCCGAAGGCCGCGGGCCUCCUCCGCUGUGGCAAGAGCUGCCGCCUCCGGUGGAUCAAUUACCUGCGGCCGGACCUCAAGCGGGGCAACUUCACCGAAGAAGAGGAUGAGAUCAUCAUCAAACUGCACAGCCUUCUUGGUAACAAAUGGUCGCUCAUUGCUGGGCGUUUGCCGGGGAGAACGGACAACGAGAUCAAGAACUACUGGAACACGCACAUAAGGAGGAAGCUUUUGAACCGAGGCAUCGAUCCGGCCACUCACAGGCUGAUCAAUGAGCCCGCACAAGAUCACCAUGACGAGCCCACCAUUUCUUUUGCUGCUAAUUCUAAGGAGAUCAAAGAGAUGAAGAACAACGCAGAGCUCAAUUUCAUGUGCAACUUAGAAGAGUCGGCAGACGUGGCAUCGUCGGCUCGAGAAAGGUGUCCUGACCUGAAUCUCGAGCUCGGAAUCAGCCCUCCUUCUCAUCAACUGCAUCAGCCUGAGCCACUCUUGAGAUUCACUGGUAGGAAAAGUGAUUUGUGUCUGGAGUGUAAUUUGGGGUUGAAAAAUAGCCAAAAUUGCAGAUGCAGUGUUGGGGUGAUCGAGAGUGAAACUAGUGUUGGGUAUGACUUCUUGGGCUUGAAGGCAAGUGUUUUGGAUUAUAGGAGCUGAAUUUUGGUGAAGAAGAUGGAUAAUUGUGCAGCGAAGAGAUGAGGCAGAGAUUGUUAUUAGUUGAAAUCUCUUUGUUAAUUUUGUUGUCUCUCUCUCUUUUACCCUUUUCUCUAAAUUCUUAUUUGGGAUCCUGGUUGAUAGCGACUUCAUAGGUUAAAUAGAAAUAUUACCAGUUAAAGAGAUGAAUGAAGGAUAUAACAUCUUCAGUAUAA